GAAAGGCACGCGAGCAGAUCCAAACUUCCGGUGCCUGCGGAGUGCGGGCAGCGGCUGCACGGAAAGAGGCUGCACCGUCAGAGGCUGCAGGCGCACCGCGGCCAGCGCAGCCAUGGUGAAGAUCAGCUUCCAGCCCGCCGUGGCCGGCAUCAAAGGCGACAAGGCCGACAAGGCUUCGGCCUCGGCCUCGGCCUCCGCUCCGGCCGCUGAGAUCCUGCUGACUCCGGCUCGGGAGGAGCGGCCCCCCUACCACCGCCACAAGAAGGGGGGCUCCGUGGGCAGCGUGUGCUACCUGUCGAUGGGCAUGGUGGUGCUGCUCAUGGGCCUCGUGUUCGCCUCCGUCUACAUCUACAGAUACUUCUUUCUCGCUCAGCUGGCCCGAGACAACUUCUUCCACUGCGGCGUCUUCUACGAGGACUCCCUGUCCUCCCAGGCCCGCACGCGGAUGGAGCUGGAGGAGGACGUGAAGAUUUACCUCGAAGAUAACUACGAGCGCAUCAACGUGCCGGUGCCCCAGUUUGGUGGCGGCGACCCUGCAGACAUCAUCCACGACUUCCAGCGGGGUCUGACCGCCUACCAUGACAUCUCCCUGGACAAGUGUUAUGUCAUCGAGCUCAACACCACCAUCGUGCUGCCCCCUCGCAACUUCUGGGAGCUCCUCAUGAACGUGAAGAGAGGCACCUACCUGCCACAGACGUACAUCAUCCAGGAGGAGAUGGUGGUCACAGAGCACGUCAACGACAAGGAGACCCUGGGCUCCUUCAUCUACCACCUGUGCAACGGGAAGGACACCUACCGGCUGAGGCGCCGGGCAACUCGGAGACGAAUCAACAAGCGGGGGGCCAAGAACUGCAACGCCAUCCGCCACUUCGAGAACACCUUCGUGGUGGAGACGCUCAUCUGCGGGGUGGUGUGAAGGCCUCCCCGCCCUCCCGGUCCCACCCCUGCCUCUCCUCUUUUCUCUUCCUGCCACUCUCUGGCCUUCCUCCUUCCCCUCUCUUAGCUUGUACUUUGACGCCAUUCCACAGAUGUGACGUUCCUCCCCGUUCCCAUCAAGCCCUGCCCGCCUCCCUGUCCCAGAGCCGUGACCUCUCAAGGCCCCCACCUCCGCUGAUGUCCCGGGCCUGGGGGACAGAGAGGGCGCCCUGAGAUGGUGUCUGUGGGGUCCUCUGGGGAGGACUGGAUGGAGGGGCUGGGCACGUGGGGGUUCUGGGCUAGGGGAAAGGGUGUGGGGAGGAGUGUGGAGUGGGGUUCAGAAAUGUCUGCACAGUUGGAAACUCCUGAAGGCUUUUUUCUUGGAUGGCACACUUCCUCCUGUGUCCCAGCUCCCGGGACUGGGCUGAGGGUGGGGGACUGUGCCAGGGAGGGACCCACCAGAGCACAAGGGAAGGUGGUUGUCAGUGCCUUCAGCCCACCAGAGGGAGCCUGGAGCCUGGGGGUGGGACUGAGUUUGUCAAGCACAAUUGUUCUCUGAGUGGAACCAAAGAGGGAGGAGCCAGGGCCCCCAGCGCUGGCCCCCCAGGAGCAGGGUAGGAUCCCACAGCCAGACCCACACUGGAACAGGGCAGAGGAGGGUCGCUUCUCCUCCUGUCGCUGUGGGGCUGAGCGCAGCACUGAUGCCAAGUGGGUGGGGGCUCCUGGCUUCCUCCAAGCUUAGAGCUGUUGUAGAUCAUGUGGAGGGGAGGAAGAGCCACCUGGUACCUGCACACCCUGCCUCCUCUUUGUUCUGAAAUCCGUCCCCCUCUGCUUUGGGGGAAUGCACCGUUUUUCCUUUUCCUCCUCACUUUUGCAUGUUUUGCUGAUCAUUCCUUAUGCUAACCCCUCUGAGCCCUGAGCCUUGAAGAGGAGGCUUCAACGCCUCCAGUCAGGCUUGGGUGCUCCCUGGAGAUGAAACUCUUAAACGCUUUGUAUAUUUUCUCACUUAGAUUUCUUUUCAGAAGUGUCUGUAGAACAAUAAAAAUCUUUGACUUC